AUGACGGAGACGGCCAGCGCAACUGGUGCUCAAGAACUUGGUCCCAUAUGGAUCAAGGCAUUGGGGCGGUUUAAGGAGGAUACCUACGUGGACCUGGUGAACGUUGACGAGAACUCUGAGCCACUCAGGGAGAGACUGAAGGCGGUCAAUGACGUCGAGAGCCUAUCUACUGUUGCCCACAAACAUCACGACAGGCACAAUACAGCGACGAAGGCUUUGAGUUCCGUCCUCGAAUCUGCCAGUAAUGUGCUGGGCAACAUUAAGUGGCUUUUGAGCCAGAUCCAGGACGUCGAACAGAGAAAUGCGCGAAGGACGGUGAUCUUUCGCGCCAUUGCAGCGCUGUUGAUUGUGUUGAAUGGAAAGGCAGCGUUCAAGGAAGUCGCUCAUCUCUUCGAGCGUGUUCCGCAGGUGAAGGAGGAGGCGUUUUCAAGUCCACCGUCAACUUUGGAACCGCACGUGGACGACAUUCUAGUACACUAUAUACGACUGGGAGGCGUGGCGUACGGGAUUCUAUACAUAGAACGCAGACGCUCCGUCGUCAAUGAUUUAUCCAUGAAGGAGCUUCUCUUUGAGAUGCAGUACAGUAUCACUACGUUAUUGUGGGUCGGAGACUCGUUCGAGACGCAGUUCAACCGCGGCUGGAGCGCCAUCCUCGCAGCAUAUUCGGAACCGGGAAAUACAAAUGUCCCGGAUCCUUCUAUUAAGAUUACGUCGACGGAGAGACUGAUGACAGAGGUGGUCUCGCACUGUCGCAAGGUGGGGAUGGAGCAGGAGGAUACUACGCGUCUGCGGGAGACCCUGAGAGGGUUUGCGGAAUCUAUUAUGUCGAUGAAAGUGGACGCAGAUGCUUGCAGGGACGUGACGAAAGAACAAUGUCAGGACUCUGUUGUACUUGGUUCGUUAUAUCGCCUCGCACAGACUUGUGGGCCGAAGCACAGCAGCGUCCAGCCCAUAACGGACCUCUUGGACAACAUGACAGGGAUCUUCAGGCGCCUUCCAUCCACGGAAGCAGGACCAUCGACAAACAUCCUUUUCAUUCGCAUCAAGGCUCAAGCCGUGACGAUCGCCGGAGAGGCUAUACGGAUACUGAAGGAAGUGAACUCCGCGCGAUUAGGGAACCUGAAGUCCCGGAUCUCGUUGUCAUUGUUUGCGCAGAAUGACGUGCUGCAAUUAGCCGUCCAGGAGUUCACUAGAAUUGUUGAGAGUACAAUUGUUGCUGUUACUCCUGAUGCACCAUUCUCUGCCAGCCGAUUCAUCAAAAUGUGGGAAGAUGCGAAGCACCGCUAUAUGGCCAGUAGCGGCGUCGAGAUGUCCUCAUGGGAGUCUCUUCAGCGUGUCGAUUCGCUCGCGGCGCUCGAUAGUGCUUUGAACGGCAGGAAAUACAGAUUCCAGCAAGAGCGAAUGAAGGGACGUGAUGUUGAAAGGGUAGUUCGACCGAUCAUAGGCUUCGUCAAGACGUUCCUUGAUCCCGCCGCGGAUCUCGUGGAGCCUCAUUUUGCAGGUGCAAAGUUUGUGGCAGCCGCUCUCAAGAAGCUCCUCGAUGCCGCCGACAAGUAUGGCGCAACAUACGAGCCAAUCACCGCCUUGUUCAGCGCUCUACUAGGCUUUCUCGAUCGCGUGCAUGUACAUGAUAAGCAUGAGCCGGAUAGGGAGAUUGUGGAGAUCCAAGUGGAGGUGCUGUGUGAGAUGCUGAUCAUCUUUGGGCUGGUUACAGAACACCUCAAUAAGGGUUACUUUGAACGACUGGUCUCUGGAAGUGACGAAGUCCAGGAUGCGCUGAAGAGGUUACAGGCGCUGGUCGACAAGGAGGACAAGAUGACGAACACCCUCGUCCUCGAUGUCGUGCACAGAAUUGAAAAGACAAUCGCACCAUCAUCAAGUAUGGCCGCAACUGACGCGAACCCUGUCGAGAUACUUCAGCCCAAGUUCCCUCCAAAACCGGGGUUCUUUAUUGGCCGCCAGCAGGAGAGGGACGCAAUUGUCAGUGCUAUCCUCGAGCAUAAACCAGUCGUUGUGCUCGGAGCCGGCGGGAUGGGAAAGACGACUGUGGUCACAGAGGCGCUCUACGAUGACCGAAUCCUUCCCAAAUUCCAAUCGCGCUACUUCGUAACAUGCGAGAACAUCGUCACAUUAGAUGGGCUACGGAAUGGUGUUGCGAAUGCUCUGGGGAUCCCCGCAGAGCUUCGGAAUGAACAGUUACACACGAAGGUGCUGCACGAGCUAGGUCGGAAGCCUUCGAUUCUCUUCCUCGACAAUUUCGAGACACCUUUUGAUGUCGCGGAUGUACGACGCGCGGUGGAGACGGAGCUGGAGACAUACGCCGGCGUUGACGGGCUAGCACUGGUAAUCACUAUGCGUGGAGCUGAGGCCCCUGCUACCGGCAGGAUCCAGUGGGCGAGACUCCUCCUGACUCCCCUGUCUCACGAAGAGGGCGUAGCUCUGUUCAAGAAAACGGCUAUGAUCGCCGAUGAUUUCGAUGACCCAUUCAUUGACAAACUCGUCGACGCCGUGGACAGCUUGCCUCUUGCUGUCACACUCCUUGCUCACCAGGUCCAGCCAGAACUCGGAACGACGACGCGAUCCCUAUGGGGUCGAUGGGAGAAGAGACGUAUAGACAUGGUCACGCGCUCCGAUGGCGCUCGAGACAGACUGCUCGACCUGUCAGCCUCCAUUGAGCUGUCGAUUACCAGUCCUCGUAUGCAGUACGAGCCCUCCGCCAAGGCCGUCAUGGCCUUACUUGCCCAGCUCCCGAGUGGCUUGCCAUUUGGAACUGACACAUCGGAGCAGAUGCAGGACACCCUCGAGGACACUAUCGACCUCUCCCUAUCUCUCUCGACGCUCUGCCGUGUGGGACUGGCCUACACCGAUACAAAUGGAGCUCAUCCGCGCUACCGAAUGCUUGCCCCGAUACGGGAGUACUGCCGAGGCCAUCAUGAACUACAGCCGUCGAGCACGCUAUGGGAAUCGCUGACCAACUUCUACAUCACAUUCAUUGAGAAGAAUUGGGACUAUUCCAAUGCUGUGUCCCUCUCCGUCGUCCCUCCAGAGCUUCAAAACGUUCGUCAAGUGCUUGCUUUGCGAAACUGGGAGAUGGAGGCAACCUCAUCCGCAAUCACUGCUGUUAUUCACUACACCAACUGGACACGCUUUCUGGGAGCUCCAUCUGUCGACCUCCUCCAGCUCUGCAUCAUCUAUGUCCAUGACAAUGACCACCUGGGUGACUGCUAUAACACUAUGGCGGAAGUAUACCUCCAGCUCAAUCGGUAUGACGAUGCCGAGAUGGCCCUGCAACAGGCGCUUGGGCAUCACAAAGCUUCUGGCAGCCAGCAAGGUGAAGCGAAUGAUCUCAAAGACCUCGCAUGGAUAUACCAAUACAGAAAUGACCUCAACCAUGCGAGGGACACCUUGCAGGAGGCACUGUUGCUUCACCGUGCGAUCGAGGACCACCUGGGCGAGGCCAACGCCCUCCAGAGCCUCGGAGACCUGUUCUUUCGACAGGAUGACCUUGACAAUGCAGAAACAUCUCUAAAUGAUGCUUUGUUGCUUUAUGGUGUCAUCGAUAACCACCUCGGGGAGGCAAACACACUGCAAAGCCUCGGAGAUGUGUACUGUCAGAGGAAUGACUAUGACAAGGCGGAGCGCACAUACAAGAAGGCUGCAUCGCUCCACCACUCACUCCAGGACCGCCUUGGCGAGGCCACUGAUCACAGGAAUCUUGCUGUGAUGUACAUCGAGAGAGGGGAUCUUGACAAGGCAGAGGCAUCAUCCCGUGCAGCUCUGGACCUCUAUCGUGCCAUCCAUGACCAGCUUGGUGAGGCAAACAGCUUGCAAGACCUUGGGAGGGUGUACCUGUAUCGGGAGGAUCUGGUCAAUGCUGAAGAGUCAUUGAAGAAUGCCCUGGCUCUGCACCAGGCUGUCCAGGACCAGAAGGGUGAGGCCAAUGAUCUCACAGACCUCGGCGAGGUCUAUGUGAAGUUUGAUCGCGACACUGAGGCCGAGAAGGUGCUGUGCGAUGCGAUCAAGCUGUGCCACACCAUUCAUGAUCCUCUUGGUGAGGGGAAUGCGCUCAAAACCCUCGGCAGGGUCUACACAAGGAUGGGGCGCUUUGAUGAGGCAGAGACAGCCCUCACUCGAGCUCUCGAGCUGCAUCGAGCGAUUGAAUGGGUGAAGGUAAGCAUCUGGUAUGACGAGAAAGCCUUGGAGGAGCUUCACCAAGCUCGAGAGGCAUCAGCUCGAGAAGACUCGACACCAACUGAACACCUGUCACUAUGAUCCCUCCUGGCUUUGUGUAUCUGAUGUUCGCAUAGAGCGACAUUUUACGAUGUGACGAGUCCCCCUGCCGAGCUGUACACGAUGAUGAUAUUGUUUAUAGAAUACCACUACCGGAUCUGUAUGUACAUGAUGUCACGACAUAUCUCUCAUCAAUUUCUCGCACA